AUGCUGAGUUCGGGUUUUCAUGGGUUUGAUCGCGCCAGUUUGACGACAGUUUUAUCAGCUUGUGAUGGACUUGAUUUUCUUGGAGUUACUCAGAUGGUUCAUGGUCUGGUAGUUUUGAGGGGUUAUGAGAGAGAAACUGCAGUCGGGAAUGCCUUGAUUACAGCUUAUUUUAAAUGUGGAUGUUUUGUUUCCGGGAAACGAGCUUUUGAUGAGAUGAUGGAGAGGAAUGUCAUCUCUUGGACUGCUGUGGUAUCGGGUCUAGUGCAAAAUGAGUUUUUUGAGGACAGCUUGAGCUUAUUUAAGGAAAUGUGCUGUGGACCCGUGCUUCCCAAUAUUUUGACUUAUCUGAGUGCUUUGUCUGCAUGCGCUGGCUCCCAAUCUCUCCAAAGGGGAUGCCAAAUUCAUGGGCUUCUUUGGAAGCUUGGGAUUCAGUCAAAUUAUCGUAUUGAAACUGCAUUGAUGGAUAUGUAUUCAAAGUGUGGUAACGUGCAGGAUGCAUGGCAGAUUUUUGAAUCAGCUGAGAUGACUGAUGAGAUCUCCAUGACAGUUUUACUUCUGGGGUUUGCUCAAAAUGGAUUCGAGGAUGAAGCUAUCCAGAUUUUUUUGGCAAUGGUGAAGGCGGGAUCAGAGAUUGAUCCUGAUGUGGUCUCUGCUGUUCUCGGAGUGUUUGGUGCUGAUACUUCUUUGGAUCUUGAAAGCUUUUGGUGCUAA